AUGUGGAAUUUCGCAUCACAAGCCCUUACAAGCAUUGGAAUGAAAAGAAGCUCCACGGAGCCGAUCCUAAGCUGUGCAGAAUGCUCGGAUGAUGAGGUCUGCUCUAAUGCUAGCAAAGAUGAGGGGCUGGAGUGCCCAAUAUGCUGGGAGUCCUUCAAUAUAGUUGAGAAUGUGCCUUAUGUCUUAUGGUGUGGCCACACCCUCUGUAAAAAUUGCGUCCUAGGACUUCAGUGGGCUGUGAUGAAAUUUCCUACUCAACAAAUCAGGAUUCCGUUCUUUGUUACUUGUCCAUGGUGCCACCUACUGUCAUUCCGGUUCAUCUACAAGGGGAAUCUGAAAUUUCCUCGCAAAAAUUUCUUCCUUCUUUGGAUGGUUGAGAGCCUGAAUGGUGAUAGGCAUAAGGCCGUUUCUGCUUCUGUCGACAGCCAACCAAUUUGGUCUCCUAAGUUCAACCUUUCGGGAACUCAAGGUACUAGUUGUAACCUUAGAAGGCCCUCAAGUAGUCAUUGUUCUGGACAAUCGGGAUCUAACAACGCAGUCCGUGUCAGUGAUGGAGAGAGACACUAUUUUUCUCUUCAUAAUGUUGUUAUUUUAAUCGUUUACUUCCUACUCACCAUUGUUUUUGCCAUCCCAUCGUUCCUCAUAUUGUACUUUGCAUACCCAACGAUCCAGAGAUUGAUUAGAGAAAUAACAUCAUAA